CAGUAAAUAUAGUAAUUUGGAAAGGAAUGGAGAGAGUGUAAGAAGAAGGAUUUGAUUUCAUUUACUUCUCGGGGGGGCCUAAUAUCUGACGCACCAAAAUGGCAAAAUCGUAACAACCCAACAGCCGGAGGCCAGGAACGAACUUCAGAGCUGUUGCACGGCCUCAGUAUCUCUGUUCACUCGCUCCCGUGUCAGAUCGGAUCCAUCAAAUUCCGGCCGGCUCCGUCGCGCAUUCCGAUCACCGUCUCUAUCUGAUCUGAGUCAUACAGAUUCCGAAUUGCUCUCUGGAACUCCGAAAUGGAUAGCAGCGUCUUGCCUACAGCGAUGCCGUUCAAAUCGGACCGGCGGCCGAAAUCAAAGUCGAACCAAACCUCUAAACCCUCCCUCUUCAUGGCACUCAUCUCUUGCUUCGCCUGGCUCUACGUCGCCGGACGGUUGUGGCAAGAUGCAGAAAACCGAACGUUAUUGACUAACCUAUUUAAAAAGAACUCAGAGCAGAGACCAAAAAUGCUGACAGUUGAAGACAAGCUAAUGGUUUUAGGAUGCAAGGAUUUGGAAAGGAGGAUAGUUGAAAUUGAAAUGGAAUUGGCUUUAGCAAAAAGUCAAGGAUACCUUAGGAAUCAGUUGCAGAAAAGUGGGUCAUCUUCUAGCAGAAGACUUCUAGCUGUUAUUGGAGUGUACACUGGGUUUGGAAGUAGAUUGAGACGAAAUGUGUUCAGAGGUUCCUGGAUGCAAAACAGUGAUGCUUUGGCAAAACUUGAAGAAAGAGGAGUCGUCAUAAGAUUUGUAGUUGGUCGAAGUCCUAAUAGAGGUGAUAGCCUAGACCGCAAUAUUGAUGAAGAAAAUCAGACGACAAAGGAUUUUUUAAUUCUAGAAGGACAUGAAGAGGCUCAAGAGGAGUUGCCCAAGAAAGCCAAGUUUUUCUUCAGCACAGCAGUUCAAAAUUGGGAUGCAGAAUUUUAUGUAAAAGUCGAUGACAACAUUGAUCUUGAUCUAGAUGGGCUGAUUGAACUUCUUCACAGCCGUCAUGAUCAAGGCAGUUCUUAUAUCGGUUGCAUGAAGUCGGGUGAAGUUGUUGCUGAAGAGGGAAAAGCGUGGUAUGAGCCAGAGUGGUGGAAAUUUGGAGAUGAAAAAACGUACUUCCGUCAUGCAGCCGGUUCAGUUCUUAUUCUAACAAAAGAUUUGGCUCAGUAUAUCAACAUUAACAGUGCAUCAUUGAAGGCUUAUGCUCACGAUGAUAUAUCAUUGGGGUCAUGGAUGAUGGGCCUUCAAACGACUUAUAUUGAUGACAUUCGCCUAUGCUGUAGUGCUUCCACACAAGACAAGGUAUGCUCCUUGGCUUAAUAAAGGUAGGUCGGUGCUGGCGUGCCGCUUCAUUCUUUCACCUCCGUGUAUGCUUCAGUGACAGAUCGCGGUGAGAUUGCACAAUUCUUUCAUUUGAUACAUACUCAUAGUAUACAGUCAGGUGUAUGUAUACCUAGAAAAUAUGUAACCUCACAUAAACUUUCACUCCUCUCUUGAGAGACACAAUUAUUUACUCCAUCUGUUCCAAAACAAGGUUUCGUUUUCCCCAUCCAAAUUAAGGUUUCCAUGUCGUUCUUAGUAAAGGAUAACGUGGUUC